AUGGGAUCAUCCGAUUCUGCUCAGGCUACUGAUUUAGUUGGGUUAUAUAUACUUCACCAACUGCGCUCACAUUUCCCUAAUAUCUGCGGAGGUCUAUAUAGGGAUGACGCCUUACUACUUACCAAGGCAAUUAAUAAAUCUUCUCUGGAAAGGACUAGAAAAGAUCUACACAAGUUCUUCUCUAAUCUAAAUCUAUCCAUCACAUUUGAAAACGCAUAUAAAACGGCUAACUUUCUAGACGUUACUUUAAACUUGUCAAACUCACAACACUCCCCCUAUCAUAAACCUAACCAAUACCUGAAAUACCUCAACGUUGACUCUAAUCACCACAGAUCUACUUUCGAUAACAUAGUAAUGGGUAUUUCAACCCGCAUAUCUGAUCUAUCCUCUUCUGAAGAAAUCUUCAACAAUCACGCUCCAUACUACAAUCAAGCUCUCACCACUAGUGGUUUCUCCCAACAAAUAAAAUACAUCCAUAACACCAGACUUAAACAAUUUAUAUCCCAAAUCACAUCCCAAAGACAUACCAAUCCUCACAACCGCAACCAACCACCCACAUUUUCCAACAGACCCCACAAACACACUUAUAACACUAGGGCUAAAUCCAAGAUAAACAAAGCAAUUAACAACACCAAAAAUGUGGAUAACUCUUCUCUACCUAAAUACUUAGAUUACAACAUACACAGAACCCCCGAAAAAAGUGGUGGCCGCUCUAUAUUGUGGUACACUCCCCCAUUCUCACUUAACACUAAGAACCUAGCUAAAUCUUUCUUGAAAAUACUUGACUCUAACUUCCCCCGACAACAUAAAUACCAUUCUAUAUUUAACAGAUCCACUUUGAAAUUGUCUUAUUCAACCACACCUAGCUUCGAAUCUAUUAUAGCAACUUCGAAUAAACAUAAACUCUCACUCUAUUAUCAAAACUCACACAACUAUAACUAUGGUAAUACUAGCACUCAGCGCACACAUAUACCCAACAUAGACAUUCAUAUGUGUACAUCUAACACUGACACUCGUACACUUGAACACGACCAUAAUAGAUCCCAGCCCACUAGUAUACCCAGAAAUAAUACUUCUAUAUUCUAUAAUAAUAACAAUGGAGGGAAUAAUAACUAUAACAGUAAUGAUUUCAUUGAUAUAGAUUCUUCUGCAUCCUCAUACAACAUAUUCUCCAACAAUAUCGCCUCAUCCACCACAGAACACAAGCCCCAAGUUUCAUCUACUU